AUCCAAUAAUGGAUAGAAGUGAGGGCAAAGUGCAUUGGGUGCAAACCUUAAAAGAAUUUCUCAAGGAGAGCAGAUUAGCUACAACUCAGGUUGAACGUCCUAAAAGAGGAAAAAAAAUAAAAGUGGCACCGGGAAAGGCUAUAAGUGCGAAAUAUUUUGAAGAAAGCAGUGACAACUCUGAACCUGAAUAUAUGGAGCUAUCGAAUGGUGGCUGUGAACAAGAAGCAGCUAAAAAUCCCAGCAAUGAGGAAUUAAGAGAAGAGGGAAAUUUCAGUGAUGAACUCGAAGCUGAUCUACAUAAUCAGAUCAAUUUCGAUUGUAUCCAACCAGGCAAUUUUUUGUUAGUGAAGUGUGCGUGCCCAAAUAAUAUACUAAGUGACAUAGAAAUCCGAACACCCAGUUUAAAUGGUUUUAUUUUAAUAAAAUUUUGUAUAAGUAUUUAA